CCAUCCUAUGCAACAAUGGCGACCCAGAACGACACGCCCAAAUCCAGUUCCGGAACCAAAGGCGAAGCCCCGCCGCCGCAGUACAGCAAAGUGGCCCUGAUCAUCGGCAUUGCCGGCCAGGUCGGGUCGUACCUCAGCGAGUUCUUGCUCGACAAAGGGUACGAGGUCCACGGCAUGAGCCUUCGCUCCUCCAACUUCAAUACCCAACGGGUCGACCACAUCUACAUCUACCCCGGCAACAAAGCGCAUAGUGCCCGGAUGAAGCUUCGCUGCUCUAUUCUCACCGACUCCUCUCUCUGUCUCCGCCGCUGCAUCGACGCCAUCUCCCCAGACGAGAUCUACAAUCUCGCCGACCAGUACGAGGCGGCGGUCUCUUUCGAGACCCCUGAAUACCCUGCCGAUGCUGUCGCCACGGUCGCCGUCCGCCUGCUCGAGGCCGUGCGCUCUCAUGUCUGUGUUACGGGUCGCAGGCACAUCCGCUACUUCCAGUCUGGGUCUUCGGAGGUGUUCGGACCAAAGUCUCUGAAACCUGAGUAUUGGGAUAAACACAUAGAAGAUUGGGCCCGGCCGCCUCUGUCUGAGACAUCCCGGUUCCAGCCGUGGUCCCCCUACGGCGUGUCCAAGUUGGCCGUGCACUUUUACACCAGGCACUACCGCGAGGCCCACGGGCUGUUCGCGUGCAACGGGCUCCUGUUCAAUCCCGAGUCCCCGAGGCAGGAUUGGAACUUCGUGAUCCGGAAGAUCACGAGGGCUGUGGGGCGGAUCAAGAUGGGGCUGCAGAGCAAGUUGUUUAUCGGGAAUCUGGACGCCUCCCGGGACUGGGGGUUCGCUGGGGACUACGUGGAGGCAAUGUGGAUGAUGCUGCAGCAGGAAAAACCCGACGACUAUGUGGUAGCGACGGGGGAGUCACACACGGUGGACGAGAUUAUGAAGGCAGCGUUUAAGUAUGUGGGGCUGGAAUGGGUGGACUAUGUGGUUUAUGAUUAUAGUAUACCUCUCAGGCCGGCGGGGGUCGACCAGUUGAGGGGAGAUGCAGCUAAGGCCAAGGAGGUGUUGGGUUGGAACCCCAAGGUUGGGUUCAAGAAGUUGGUGGAGAUGAUGCUGGACGAGGACAUUAAAUUGGCUAAGAGAGAGAAGGUCCUUGUUGAUAAUGGGUACAUAGAUGUCAGCAACAGCCCAGUAUUAGGUCCUUUUGAGCGAGGCGAUAUGAAGAGAACUUUGGAAGCGCUUAUGCUCCCAAGCUAGGUGAGAUUAGCCUUACUGUCAAUAUGGGAAUUGGAGUUCAGACCAUUAUGAGGACCGGCUGAAACAUAGUUGUAGUGUAGAGAUGAUAAAGUAUCUGAUAAAUGCUUUGCUUGGGAUUUUGACUUAUUCGGAGUAUGUUGCCAUGAUUUAAGGAAACAUUCAUCUGGCAACGACUUUUGGUUACUUUGUUGGGAUGUUUCUGGUGACAAAAGUGUUAAGUUA